AUGGAAUCUGGAAGAAGGGGGUGGAAUCUGGGAGAAGGAGAUGGAAUGAGGGAGAAGGAGAUGGAAUCUGGGAGAAGGGGAUGGAAUCUGGGAGAAGGGGAUGGAAUCUGGGAGAAGGGGAUGGGGUCUGGGAGGGCGGGAUGGAAUCUGGGAGAAGGGGAUAGAAUGAGAGAGAAGGGGAUGGAAUCUUGCAAAAGGGGAUGGAAUCAGGGAGAAGGGGAUGGAAUCUGGGAGAAGGGGAUGGAAUCUGGGAGAAGGGGAUGGAAUCUGGGAGAAGGGGAUGGAAUUUGGGAGAAGGGGAUGGAAUCAGGGAGAAGGGGAUGGAAUCUGGGAGAAGGGGAUGGAAUCUGGGAGAAGGGGAUGGAAUAUGGGAUAAGGAAAUGGAAUCUGGGAGAAGGGGAUAGAAUCUGGGAGAAGGGGAUGGAAUAUGGGAGAAGGGGAUGGAAUCUGGGAGAAGGGGAUGGAAUCUGGGAGAAAAGGAUGGAAUCUGGUAGAAGGGGAUGGAAUCUGGAAAAAGGGGAUGGAAUCAGGGAGAAAGGGAUGGAAUCUGGGAGAAAGGGAUGGAAUCUGGGAGAAGGGGAUGGAAUAUGGGAGAAGGGGAUGGAAUCUGGGAGAAGGGGAUGGAAUGUGGGAGAAGGGGAUGGAAUCAAGGAGAAGGGGAUGGAAUCAGGGAGAAGGGGAUGGAAUCUGGGAGAAGGGGAUGGAAUCUGGGAGAAGGGGAUAGAAUCUGGGAGAAGGGGAUGGAAUCUGGGAGAAGGGGAUGGAAUAUGGGAGAAGGGGAUGGAAUCUGGGAGAAGGGGAUGGAAUCUGGGAGAAGGGGAUGGAAUCUGGGAGAAGGGGAUGGACUCUGGGAGAAGGGGGUGGAAUCUGAGAGAAAGGGAUGGAAUCUGGGAGAAGGGGAUGGAAUCUGGGAGAAGGGGAUGGAAUCUGGGAGAAGGGGAUGGAAUAUGGGAGAAGGGGAUGGAAUCUGGGAGAAGGGGAUGGAAUCUGGGAGAAGGGGAUGGAAUCUGGGAGAAGGGGAUGGAAUCAGGGAGAAGGGGAUGGAAUCUGGGAGAAGGGGAUGGAAUAUGGGAGAAAAGGAUGGAAUCUGGUAGAAGGGGAUGGAAUGUGGAAAAAGGGGAUGGAAUCAGGGAGAAAGGGAUGGAAUCUGGGAGAAAGGGAUGGAAUCUGGGAGAAGGGGAUGGAAUAUGGGAGAAGGGGAUGGAAUCUGGGAGAAGGGGAUGGAAUGUGGGAGAAGGGGAUGGAAUAAAGGAGAAGGGGAUGGAAUCAGGGAGAAGGGGAUGGAAUCUGGGAGAAGGGGAUGGAAUCUGGGAGAAGGGGAUAGAAUCUGGGAGAAGGGGAUGGAAUCUCGGAGAAGGGGAUGGAAUAUGGGAGAAGGGGAUGGAAUCUGGGAGAAGGGGAUGGAAUCUGGGAGAAGGGGAUGGAAUCUGGGAGAAGGGGAUGGACUCUGGGAGAAGGGGGUGGAAUCUUUGA